CUCGCCGAUAUCGACAAACAGAUCGUAAGAUCGACGAAGACCGGAGAAAAUGGCGAAACCGUUGGGUACUACCGGAGAGUUUUUCCGGCGAAGGGAUGAGUGGAGGAAGCACCCGAUGCUCUCGAAUCAAAUGAGACACGCACUUCCGGGUCUCGGAAUCGGUGUUGCCGCCUUCUGCGUUUAUCUCGUCGGUGAGCAGAUCUAUAGCAAACUCCUGGUUCCUUCUCAAUCAUCGCACCAGAAACAACCCGCUUCUUCUCACUGAGCAAUAAGAUUGUUUCGAUGAUGAAACCGUGGCAGAUAAAGGGUGGAUGGGAUUCACAAUUUGCCAUUUUUCUUGAUUGUCUCAAUAAGAUGUUAAUGAAAGACAAAGGCUUUGAUCUCUUUGUGGAAUAUUAAAAAUCUUGUAUGACAGCGUUUACGAUAUGGUCUUGUUAUGUGUUGUCUUUUUCAAUAAGAGUUCUUCUAACAUGACAUUGAAGAAUAAAGAUUGCCUCUUAGAUAUGUAA